AUGGUCAACGAUAUAGAAAUGUCCGAGGACAAUCAAAUUCAGUCCUCGCCGCUGUCGUCGUCCCCCGCCCCCGAGUGUAAUGCCGAACAGCUGCAGCAACAGCAGCAGCAACAACAACAACAGGACAUGAUGGUGAAGGGUAAAUUUUGCGCCGUGUACGAGGGUACCGCCCCUCCGGGUUGCAAAUUCAAGUUUUUCAACGGACCGGGAAGGAGCAAUCCGGAAAGCGUAAUCCUGGCCGACAAACUCAACGUGAGUAUAUCUGUUGGUUGAUACGACAGGCCCUCGUUUAAAAGAAUAAAAGUACCUAUCAGACUAUUAUCAUCCCUGACCCGACACCCGACAUGUCACGGGGUUUGUUUCGCGUGCGGUUUACAGGGUUGGCUAAACGUUCUCUAUUCACGAACGUCCUCGUUAAUCCGGGCUCUUUAACAGGAAAUUUCCUAUUUUUUACACGUAUUUUGUUUUUAUAUAUUAUACCUGUAUAAAUAUAUAGAAUAUAUACAGAGCUGUAUACAAACUAUGAUUUUGUUUUAUCUAAAAAAAAAAAUAAUAAUAAUUUAUCAAAGUGGUGAUAAUGUAAAAUGUAGACAAUACAUUAAUUAUACUUAUAACAUUAUAUACGUCUAUGGGUAAUACAAAUAAUACAAUUUAUUAUGAUUAUAGGUGAUAAUGCGAUAUUGUGAUAAGAUUUAUAAUUACUUUUCUGAUUAUUAUUAAAACCAUUCGAACAUCUUAUAUUGAAAAUUGUAUGGGCUAUGAUAGAAGUAUAGAACAACAACUAGGCUUUCCUAUGAUACACAAUUAUGUAUAACAUUGAUAGGUUUGAUAUUGAAUCAAUAAUUCUUAAAAUUUACAACUAUUUAAACUGUUAGAACAGAAAGAAUUGUGAGUUUACAAAUAUUACACAUAGAGAAUUACUAUAUCACAACUAGACAAUCGUAUGCAUUAAAUUUUUUUUUUGUAUAAUAAGACCAAACACCUAAAACACUAUUAAAUUAUUUUUGAAAAUGACUAGUGAACAUAUUCUUUCUUAAAAUCCCUAAAUUAUUUUAUUGAUUACAUAAAAUUAUUUGAUCAGAUUCAAAAUUUGAAAACAUUGAUAAGCGUACAGGUUGAUACAUAUUUUUUUUAAAAUCUAAUAAGUUUGCUAUUGUCUUUUCUUCUAAUCAUAGCAUAACAUUAUUUUCUGACAUUUUGAAAGUUACUCAGGUUUUUUUUUUUUUUUAAUAUUCCAAGACAUAAUGCUAGUACAGAGAAAAUAUUUUCACUCAUAAUUAGUUAAUGGACUAAAGAACGUAACCGUUUCUGUUUGAAAAUAUUAAAAGCGUUAUGAUGGUUCAAUUUAAUUUUAAAAAUUUUAAGUGUGCUGAUUUUUUUAAAUAUUUGAAACAUAAAAAAAACAAUUAUCUUUGUAAAGAAAUAUCUAGUUUUGACAGAUAUGGUUUGAGUUCUAAAUAAUAUUAAAAAAUGUCUAAUGUAGUUUAGUUUUAAAAAUUUAAAAUCUAAAAUGAAUUUUAUUUAUUUGUUUUGAAUUUGUUUAGUUAUGGUUGAUAUUAUAUUUAUAAAUAUUUUUAUUUAUUUUUUUUUUUUUUUUUUUUUUUUUUUUGUUAACAGCAUUAAUCAAAUAUACUGUAUAUUUAACCAAUGCCAUUAGAUAUGUUAGCCCAGUAGGUUUCAACCUGUAUAUCACAGAUCCCAGGGGGCAUCGUGGUUUAUUAAGGGAGCAGUGUCUAAAGUAAAUAUAGUUCAGUACCACGGUAAAUUUGUUUAUUUUAAAUUUUAUCAUUGUUAGUUAGGGAGCCGCUAAUUUGGUUUUGAAAAUCAGACCCAUAGACCCAGAAAGGUUGAAAACCACUGUGUUAGACUAUAUGUUGACAUGCUGUUUAAACUAUGUUUUAAUCGGCAAACUGAGCGUAAUAGUAUGAAAUGCACAUAUGUUUUGUAUAUUAGCAAUAAUUUGAAAGUACUCCUAAAAUAAAUUAACAGUUAUGUAAUACCAGUUGUGUAAAGGAACAAUAAUUUGUAAAAAUGUCCUUUUUUUAUAUAAAUAUAUAUAUAUAUAUAUAUAAGACCACAUCUGGUCACCCUAUGCGCAAUAAUUCUAUCCAUAGAAAACCUUAAGGCUGAACUAUAAUUUAAAAAAAAACAAUUCAAUUUGGCUUAUUGAAGAACUUUUUACAAACAUAAUAGGUAUUUUAGGUUGUUACCUAGAAUACACAAUAUUAUCCAAAAGCAUAAUAUAUUUAGUAGUUAAUCUUACUUAUCAAUAAUAAUAACUACUAAUUCAUACAUCUUGAGUUUAUUCAAUAUUAUUUAGGUACCUAGGUAUAAUUUGUAACAUUCACCUACCCCUAAUUUUCAUAGUCCCAAACAAAUAAUAAUACAUCUGUUUUGUUUUCGUUUGAUUUCUGGAUUACUUUGGAUACCUAUAAGGAAAAGAUAUGAUAGUUAAAUAUCUAAUCUUUCCGGUCAAGAGGAUGUUAUAUCCGCAUCUAUGUCUCAGUCCAACUAUCGGGUAACAUGCAAAAACAAUGCUUACACAGAAUAAGUGAAACUAGCUUAAUUUUGAUUUUAGAGUAAAAGUCCCUAUUAAGAAAUUUAUAGAGAACAAUAUUUCAGUGUCAUAGGGUUUUGUAUUAUUCAAAAUAUACAACCUGAUAUAAAAGAUAGAAAAACCAAUUUUUUUCUUUUUAAAUAACUGUAACUUUUUAUUAGUUCAUAAUUCAAAAAAACAUCUAUGAUUUUCUCUCCAAAAUAUUGUUCUCUAUAAAUUCAAUAAUAGGUACUUUUACCUUAAAAUCAAAAUUAAGCUAGUUAGUAGUUUUACUUAUUCUUCGUAAGCAUUGAUUUUGUAUAUUACCCGGUAAUUAGACUGAGAUAGUAGAUGCGGGUAUAACAUUAUUUUAACCGAGUUCCACUCAAUAACUGAUCACAGUUUUCAGUUUAUAAACUAAAUUAUCCUAUGUCCAACUUCCUAGUUGCUAACUACACCAGUCUAUCUACUCAUGGAAGUGGUAUACUAGUAUGUUUAUAUGAUAUUUUAUGACAAUUUUACUAUUUAAGGCUGUUCUUACAAUGUACUUUAAAGUGUGUUAGAGACUUAGAGCUAACCUACAGUUAUAUUUGCCUUCAAAAUGAUUGUUGGUUUAUUGGUGGUUAACACUAACAAACACUUUACUGGACUUUAUAAGAACAGCCCUGAAUAUUUUAAUUAAUGUUUUAGAGUAUAAAAUCGGACACCGAAAAAAAUCCAGUCGCCAAACUUAAUGAAAUGAUGUUAAUGUUAAAAAAGAAAAAUGUUCGUUAUGAGAUGAUAGACAUAGGAGGUUUUAUACACUCUCCGAUUUACACAAUACGUGCUCAAAAUGAAGAUAUUUCUGGUAUGUGAUUAUAUAUUAUUAUAUCUUAUUAAUAUACAUAUUAAAAAUGUUGUUAAUUUUAAAUAGUUUUUGGUACUGGUUCUUCAAAAAAAGAAGCCAAAAGAGCAGCAGCGAUUGCUUUUAUAGAGAGAAUGGAUUUUAAUAAUGAAAGUGAUAAAAUUACAUCAACUACUUCAAACAAUAAUAAUAACUCCAAUGAGUAAAACAUCAACUCUAUAAAACUAUGAAAAAAAUACCUGUUAUCUAUACUAAACAUUUUUUUUAAUUCUUUUUUUAGGAAAAAGAUAGCAGAUCAAGUAUUAGAUGAUAUAAAAUCAGAAAUAAAUCCUAUUGGUCUACUGCAGGAAGUCUGCAUGAAUUAUCAUUGGAAGCUACCUAUUUAUGAUUAUACUACAGCAGACCUUGCUCUUAAACGAGGUAAUAUAGGAUUUAAAGCAAGUUGUUCGCUUUAUAUGUACAAAACCAAUAGUAAGUAAAUAAAUAUAAAUAUCUAUUUAUACAAAUUUAUAAUAUUGAAUAAUAUCAAUAAAUAAAUAUUUAUCAGGUGUUCAAAGAACCAAGCAAUCAGCUAAAAGAGAAGCAGCUCGACUCAUGUAUGAAAAAAUCAAGAAGUUUUCUGCCGAUCAUAUAAGCAGUCUUUCUCUAGAUAAAUUCCCAAUACCAAGUUCAGUUUUGUUCCAAAAUAAUAGACCUGGAAAAAAAAAUAAUGAAUUAGACUUGAUAAAUUCGCCUGAAAAUAUGAAAACCAUAGAAAAAUUCUACGAAAAAUUAAAAAUGUCAAAAAAUCCAACUGUGAACAAAGUGAAGGUAAUAUAUAGUAUUUAAUCUCAACAUUUAAUUUAAACAUCUUAUAUAAAAGGCCAGAUUUGUCUAUAACACUUUACAUAUAUAUAUAUACUAAAUGUACAUUGUGGCAUUAAAAUUAAAAUUUGAGUUUAAAUACAAAUAACAAAAACACAGAGGAAAAUAUGUUCAAAGGUGUUGCUUAUCUUUAAUCUAAAAGAUUGUCAUACAAACAAGAAACUGCCAUAUUACAAUGUAUUCUUUUGUUUCAAGGAAGACAAGGUCAAAUAAAUUUUAUAAAAACAAAAAUGUACUUUAGAAAAAAAUUAAAGAAAAUAUAUAAAAAUUGACUAAAGACUUUUUCCUUUGGACCAAAAUAUUGGUUGUCACAGUCAACUUUAAUCAAUAAAUGUGAUUGAUGUACAAUAAAUUACUGUCAGUUAAUCUUUAAUAAUUUUACAUCAUUCAUGUUUCAAUGUUAAUAAAUAAAUAAACUUUAUUUCACUAAAUUGUAUAUGUAUUUAAGUUUUUGUCAUUAAGAUUUGCAGCAUUUGGAUUUAGCACUAGCUAUUUUAAGCAUUUCAAUGAUCAUUAUUAUUCAUUAUGUAUGACAGUAUUUUAGUUGAAAUAAUGAUUUAUAAAGGAGUUUAUAAUAAUAUUUACAUUCAUAACCAUAUAUUGUAAAGUACUACUUACAUUUUUUGAAUAAUAUUGGCUAGUAUAGAUGUGCCUAUUAUUUAAUAUUCAUAUUUAAAUAAAUAAUAGUUUAUAUAUAUUUAUCAUAAAAUACAGAACAAGUCCAGUUAACAGUGAGUGUUCUUAUAUCUAACAUAUAUUUUACUUAUAAUAGACUAAUGUCAUUCCUAUGGCUAUUACUAUUUCUACAUUGCUUAACAUUUUAUUUGUUGUGUUUUAUAAUUGAAAAGAUAGGUCAUUAUUUGCGGUUUUCGUUGGACGAUUUAGGAGGGAGUUUUGAAGGAAACUAGUAGAAGUAUGAGGAAUAUGAAAUGAAGCAUGGAAGCAGGUGUGAUGAAAUAGGACUUUAAAAUUGACGAGGGAGAGAAUAACGGGUGAAUUUAUUUUGCCAAUUAGAAGAUUUGAAAGGAACAAAAUGUUUUUUAUUUGUCUACAGUUCGCUAAGCUUGGGAGACCCAGCUUAUAUAAAACAAGAGAAUAGUUGUGGGAUAUAAGACAGGGUAUAUUUAGAUGAUGAGAAACGGCAUGGAGAAACCUUUUCUAUAUACACUCUACUCUUUAUUGACUUCAAAAAAAGAAAGUUACCCUGGAUACCAUCCGGGCUGGGAAACCUGAUAUUGUGAAGAGAAGGAAGUGCAGCACUGACAUCGUCCACUAAAAAGGAUAUGUUGUUGGUGAGGUUGAACGCAGGGGUUGCGGGAUAAGUCGGAUAGGAGGUUAAAUUAAUAGUAGGAGAAUUAUAUAUUGUUGAAAAAUACUUUGAGAAUAGUUUCACUGCAUUUGAAGCAUCCAAACUUGUAGAAUUAUUGACAUUGUGAGGAAGGAAUGGUUGGCGAGGAGCAGGAUUUGUGGAUAAAUUACCUAAAAUAACUAGAAUUAGUUAGAAGGGCAGAUUCUGUGUGAGAAAUGAAGUCUAUAUGAUUUUUUUGAUAGAAAUUUGUAACACGCACAAAGAAGCGAAAAUUAAUGAUAGUAAGAGAAAGUUCUUUUAUAUUUUACAUGGGCUUUUGUUGUUUGCCACGCGAGCUUUUUAAGAUCAUUGUGAACCAGGGUGGAUAGGUAGAAGGUCGGGUGUAUACUUUGGGGACAAAGACUAGAAAUGAUGAGUAAAUAGCAUCCUGAAAAUAUUUUAUUACGUUAUCUGAAUGGCAAAAAAGUUUAUUCCUAUUUAUACGAACUUAGAAAGUAGUUUAUACUUGGGAAAAGUUAAGGAAUGAUAUUAAAGGGGGUGUAGUAGUAGAUAGGUAUCAAGGAUUGAGCCGUAAAGGUUUUGGGAAGUUGAUGUGGAUGAGUAGCAAAGACCAUGGUUGUUGUUUAACCAAUUUAUAAAUGGUAAAUUGUAUAUAUAUCUUUAUCAAUCAAAUCAACCAUGUAAUGAUAUAUUGAUAACUACGUACAGACAGACACAAUGAGGAUAUAAGUUGUUUAAACUUGUGUUUAGAAACCUAAAAUUAAUUGAUUUAUUUUUCAUUUAUCAUUUAAGUAUUCCAGAAAAAUAAUAAUUAAUUAUUAUUAGUAUAGCUAGUAUAUAAUAACUUAUUAUAGACUAAAAGUUUUUUAUUAUUAUUAAAAUUUUAUUUUUUUCAGGGAUUAGACUUCACAAAAUACCCUGGAAGUGCUGUUGAAAUUUUAGACCAAAUAGGAGAAGAAGAAGGAUUUACUUCAACUUAUGUCUUACUUUCUAAAUCGGCUUCCAGUAUGAGUUUUCUUUAAGUUGAAAAAAUUAUCUUAAUUAAUAUAUAUAUAUUUGUUUUAGGUGUAUCAGGAAUUUUGAUGCAGGUAUCUAUUACUCCCUUUAUAAUACACUUGGGUACUGGAAAAUCACUGUCCGAGGCUCAAGAAGCUGCUGCCAAUGUUGCUCUAGUAUACUUGAAACUUUUUUUAGAGUAAUAAGAACAACUAAAAUAUUUGAAUGGACAUUUGCCACCUAACAUUUAUAAUUCACAGAGCAUUUUUGCUUUUCCUAGCCAUAAAUAGUAAUGUUAUAACUUAACUAUUUAUCACGAUAGUACUUAUGACAAAUGUUAUUAGGGUCAAAAACCUAUGAAUAACAAUUGUUAGGUUAGGUUAGAUUAAAUCCUAUUAUUAUUAAGCAAACUAAUAAAAAAUCUUAAUGGAUUAUUUAGCAUGUAAUAUUUAUAUUUAUUUGUGUAUUUUGUUUUUCCAAUUAAUUUGCUUUUUUUAUUUUUCUAUUUUUCUUCAACAUUUAAAAUGUAUAGAAAUAUAUACAAUGUACAAACAUGAGUGAUAAAUAUGUUAUAACACUUUAUCACAAUAGUAGUCUAUGAAAAUUAUUAUUAAGAUCAAAAAUCCCAAAUAUUAAAUAAGUAUACUAAUUAAUGCUAUAAACAACAAUUAUUAUUGAUUUAUUUUUUAUGUAUGUAGUAUUAUUUCAUUUUUCUUUUUCUUUUUCAUAACAUGUUUAUACAUACAUUUAUUUUAAAGUUUGUUUAAAUCAUUUACCAUGUAAUAUUUAUUCGUGUUGAACUUGCUUUUCAUUAUAAAAUAUGAACCCAUUAUAGAAUAUUGAAAAAAUUCUUAUAAUUGUAAUAAUGAAUAUUUUUUUUUCAUAUAGAUAUGGUUAUUUUUGAUUUUUUUGUAAAUUGCUUACCUAUAUAACAUUUUUAACAGUUCUAUUGCUAAUAAACAUCAGAAUACAUACAUUUUCAUUUAUCGUCGUAUAAUUUUAUAUAAUAUUUUAAACCUACUAUUAUUACAAAGCAAUUUACAAUUAUAGUUAUGCGUGUCAAGUUAUAUAUAAUAUACAUACAUAAGUAAGCACUUAAACAUUUAAUUCUACUCCUGGCCGUGCGUAAGGUAGAGGGGUACAAAACCUUUUUUUGCUCCUUUUUUUUCAUAAUUAACAAUUAUGUAUUGAUUUUAUCAUAUUAAGAUAAAUUUACUUCUGCAGACUCCUGCAGUGUAAUGUGUGGUCAAAAUAAUAAUUAUUUAUGGUUUUGACUUUAUCUUCCUAAUAAUUGAUGUAUUUUUAAAUUCCCCCCCCUUAUGAAGAAAUCUUGUCCACGUGCCUGUAAUAUUAGUGCUAAUUGUAAUAUGUAGAUAAUAAAUUGAUGAUUUAUUUAAUACAUUUUAGUAAUAAAAAGUGUUUAAUAUUUAUAUUGUAUUAUUAUAAUAAUUAUAUAAUAUUUACCCAUUUAUUUCCCUUGGUUAUGGAUUAUAAUGCUUUAUGUAAUUAUUGUACAUUUUUAAAUAUAAUUCUGUAAAACCAAGUAUAUUUCAAUGCCAGAGUUUUUUAUACAUAUACUCAGUGUCUGUCUGGUCAUUGAAGGACCAGGCAAGAUUUUUGUUUUAGGGGCCCAACCUACCUGACCAUUUUGCACAUUAUUGUUUUCAUUAUUCAUAUUUGUAUUAAGUAGAUAAAUUAAGUAAUUAGAUAAAGUUUAUUCAAUUUUUAUUUUUUAAGAGUUAAUAAUAGUUAAUAUAAAUUGUAAUUUAUUACAAAUUAAAAUAAAUAUCACCUUUGUAUAUAAUACUUUUGUGUAAAUGACCACGUUAAAGUACCUUCCCAAUCUUUUUAGAAAAAUUGGUUUUACCCACAAAAAUAAAGGUGAUAAAUAAUAAUAUAAAUAUAAAAUUGUAGAGCAUCUUUUUUCUUAAAUGUUCUAAAAACAAAUUCUGCAAAAAGUUAAUACUUUACAAGAUAAUGAGUGUACCUACUUAAAUAAAUCACCUGGUACAUGAAUUCUUUACAAAAACAAGACACUAUGAGAUUUGCUAAUAUGUACAAUCUACAUAAGAAUAAUUUACAUUUUGUAAUUAUAGAAAAUAAAUAAAAAUCACAUUUUUAAGAUUAAAAUAUAACAAAUUUACAUACAACACACAUAUAUAACAUUAUAAUUAAGUUUUACGUGGUUUAUUAAUAACAUAAAAUGUAAGUAUGAUAGGUGAAUUAUGAUUUCAACAAAUGUUAUGAACAUAAAAACUACAAUUUAAAAAAAAUUGCAGAAAUAUGAAUUUUCGGUAUUAAAAUUAAAAACAAAAUAAAUAAAAAAUGAUUCUUAGAAAAAUCGAGCAUUUUGAAUUUUUUGACCAUAACUUUCUAAUGAAGUUUUUGAAAGUACCAUCAAAUAAAGCAUUCAAAAUUACAUAUAUUGCAAAAAAAUCCAAAAAACUGUUGUAGACUAUUCUUAAAAUCCUGUUUUUGAGUUUAAAAUCUGAAAAGUUUACAUUUUUUAAAUUUUUUUUUUUAGAAAUGGUAUUAAAUAUAUACUUAAUGUUUUAGUGAAAUUAGAAUUCACUUAUCAUACUUACUUCUUAAAAAUCAAACAUAAAACAUCAAAAUGCGUUAAUGAACAUUCUAUUAGUCUCAAGUUAUGUUUGAAAGUUAAUUACAUUGAUGGAUAUGUAUGAAGAUGUUGAAAAUAUUCCUUGGAUUCACAAAAAAAAAAAUUAAUUUUAAAAUUAUUAAAUAUUUUUUUAUUUACAACAAUAAUUUGACCUUAUAAUCGUAUUAAUUUCACCAUGCCCCUCAGCUCUCCCCCCCCCCAUCGGUUUUUUAAAAAUAUUUUUCUAAAGGUAAAAUGUGAUGUUUAUGUAACCUUAAGAAAAGAUACAUUUUUCCACUAUUUCUUCUAGACCAAAAAAUAUUAGUGAGUUCUGAUUUCACCAAAAACUUUUUUAUGUUAUUACAUAAUGAAUAAAAAAAACUCCAAGAGUUGCUUGUGAACUAAAUUGCAUUUGUUCCUUGUUUUGAUUAGGUAUGGAGUUAAUAAUAAACAAAACUUACACACUUAUACAAAAACAUUACUCUUCUGACUUCUUUAUGAGUGUUAAAUAAAGUUUAAUAAUAUGAUAGUAUGAACUCAUACAGUUAUUAAAUAUUUUAAUUAUAGUUAAUAAAGUUUUUAACUAUUUCACUUAUUAGGACUUAUAUAAGUACUUUAUACUUGAAUAUUUAAUAAUUCUAUAAUUUCAUAAUAUAUUAAUUAAGAAUUAAAUUUACAAUUAUUAUAUAUAACUUUAAUAAAAUUAUUUAAAAUUAUAUUAAAAUUUACAAUUUAUUUUUUUUAAAUAAAAACUUUCAUUAAAUCAUUUAAUAAUUUUUAGAGCCCAAGACUAAUGCAUAAGUCAGAAUGCAUGCAUAAGCAUUCCGAUUUUCUUUUGCUCUAAUAUAAUGUAAAAUUUUGGGUAUAUCUAUAUAAAUUUGUUUAUUUUGGGAUGUAAGAAAAAUUCUAAGGUUGCUUAUGUCGAAUGAUGAAAGUUCAACAAACAAAAAAGGUGAGAUAAUUAAUAUUUAAUAAUAAUAUUAAUAUCUAAUAGUUAAAAGAUAUUUUAUAUCUGACGGACCUGACUUGCUUAAACCCGUCGUAUGUCGCACUGUUAAAUAAUAUUUACCAAACAAUAAAAAUUUAUUUAUUUUAUUUUAUAAUAUUUUGAACUUCAAUGAUUUUUUUCUUGUUAUUUUGAUUCUUAAAAUACCUACUGCUUCGUGUCUGCAGUCGACUACAGCAGUCACCGAUGCGACCGCCGCACGCAUUAAUUUUAAUCUAUUUUAAAAAAAAAAGGUUAAACAAUUUUCCUGCGAAUAAAAUCGACGUGUAUGUAAUAUUAUUAUUAUUAUAAUCACUUUCCGUAAUAAUAGUAUUCGUUUACUAUUCAAACACGUUACAUACCUAUGGUGAUAUACAGAGGGAUUCUAUGGUAUACAGAGCGAUUUCAAAAUACAAAUAUUUACAAAUGGUUUUCAACAAGAAUAUUGCAACUAACGACGGGUUCAUUUCUAUAGCCAUAUGACUAUAUAAAAAAUUAUUCGAAUAAUCAUAGUUGAAAAUUAUUCGAAUAAUUUUUUUUUAUAAUUAGAUAACAUUUUGCCCAACAUUGACUUAGAUCUACUAUAUUGCAAAUUUUAGAUUUACCUGCAAAUUGUAAAGUUGGAGGUGACAACAAAUAUACUGGUUGGGACAAAUAUGAUAGUACGUUAAGUUCCAACGAAGCUGAAGAUUCAGACCUAGAUAAGGAUUAUGUGCCAAGAGGCGACGUAAACUCUGCAGAUUCCGAUCUUUUAAAACCAUCUACUUCAAAAAAGGUAAGAAAGAAAUUUACUACUACGAAAAAUAACGAUAGUCUAAGCAAAGAAACAGUUAGUGUUUUGGCGAAUGAUUUAUACCUUACAAGUGACGAAGAGUUAAAUGAAUUAACUCCUUUGAAUAAUGACUCCUGCAGAAAAGUUAAAAACAAAACAUCCAUUGUACAAAAAGGAAGAAAACGGAUGAGAAACUCAUGCCUGGCUUUGCAAUAUACGUAAACAAAAGUUAGCAGCAGGCGAAGAGUAUAUAAAUAAAAAGGGUAAAACUGUAGCUGGUAAAGUUAUGAAACUACCAUGUUCUUGUCGUUUGCAGUGUUAUGCAAGGUUGUCUAAUGAUGAAAGAUCGCACAUUUUUAAUGCAUACUGGGACAAAGAUAAAAAUUCUAAUUCAAAACGGCAGUUCAUUUUAUCUUGCUUAAGUAGCCAACCUAUUGAACGUUGAAGAAAAAUGAAUGCUGUUCCUAAAAAAGCCAAACAUUAUACUCUCCAUUACUACUUUACAAUUAACAAUAAUAAAAUUAAAGUUUGUAAGGUAAUGUUUUUAAACACACUUGUAAUUUUAAAUACUGUUGUUGUAAAUAUUCUCAAAAACUGCCAACCUGGAGGUGUGGUAAAAGUUGAUCAAAGAGGCAAAAAUAUUCCAACUAACAAAACGUCAGCACAGUGUAUAGAAAAUGUUAUUCAACAUAUUUCUUCCGUCCCUUGCUACGAGUCAUUAUUGUCGGGAAAAAACACAGUAUAAGUACUUAGGUCCUGAGUUAAAUAAAGAAAUAAUGUACGAGUUAUACUUACAGUUUUGCAAAGACAACAACAUACCUGAAGAACUUAUUGCUAAAAAAAUGGAAAUACUUUGAGGUUUUUGAUACACAAUUUAAACUUUCCUUCAAGCCACCAGAGGUAGAUACAUGUGACAUUUACGAUUCGUUUCAGGUCAGACUUAAAGAUAACCGUUUAAACCAGGAAGACAAAGACAAUCUCACCACUGAAUAUGACUCGCACCUCACAGAAUCAAAGAGAAGGUACAAUCUAAAAAGUGAAGAUUGUAAAAUGUCAAAAAUAAAUUCCGCACAUAAAGUUCUAACUGGGGUUAUAAACUAGUUAUAAACGGAAAUUGUGGACGCUUAACUACACUCUCUUUGAUUCUUCAGAUAACAGUGUUUACUGCAUGAUGUGGGAUGAAAGUAAAGCUGGAAGAGGUGGGGAGGAAAUAUCAUCAGCCAUUUUUAAAUGGGCUGACAAUGUAAUUCUUAAUUCAGCUGGUGUUAAUAAAAUCACACUAUGGUCUGAUAAUUGUUUUGGACAAAAUAAAAAUAUUUCCAUUAUUAUGUGCUUCUUCUGGAUAAUGCAAAAAUAUCCUCAAAUAGAACGUAUCAAUAUGAAGUAUCUCCUCAAAGGACACACACAUAUGGAGGCUGACACCGUGCAUGCGUAA